AUGUCAGGCCCCAAUGGAGAGCCGCACCUGAGCCUGGGGAGGGGCGAGGAAGAGGAGCGGGAGGACGGCGAGGACCACAAUGGCUUCGGGGAGGCAGGUAACACGGAUUAAGCCUUCCAAAAGCAGCAGCGCCCCCCUCCCGCCAUGUCCCCUUUUCAACACAGCCCUCCAUUCUUUAAAUCGCUGGCUGGGUUUGAUAGCGCAGUUUCUAAGCCUUCAGUCAUAUCGGUGCGGGAUCCUACAUGCACUUACCUGAGAUCAAACCCUCCGGCCCUCGCAAACGUCAGUUCUACCUGUGUGCAGCGUCAGGCUGGUUUUCACGCGCUCCUCUCUUACUCAGGCGAGGAAGAGUCGUCGUCAGAGUUCAAGGGCACGUUCCAGCCAAGGAAAAAAUGCUCAAGGAGCGGGUGAAGCGGGGUUCUCGAGGGGUGCCGUCCGGUGAGGGUCCUGAUGGUCAGGUAGAGAGACUGCAUUUGACCCCUGGUACAGAGCACGUAAUGAGGGACGCGGGUGGCGCUGUGGGUUAAACCACAGAGCGAGGACUUGCCGAUCAGAAGGUCCGCGAAUCGAAUCCCGUGAUUCCUGUGAGCUCCCGUUUCUCGGUCCCUCCUCCUGCCCACCUAGCAGUUCGAAAGCACGUCAAAGUGCAAGUAGAUAAAUAGGUACCGCUCUGGCGGGAAGGUAAACGGCGUUUCCGUGUGCUGCUCUGGUUCGCCAGAAGCGGCUUAGUCAUGCUGGCCACAUGACCUGGAAGCUGUACGCCGGCUCCCUCGGCCAAUAAAGCCAGAUGAGCGCCGCAACCCCAGAGUCGGUCACGACUGGACCUAAUGGUCAGGGGUCCCUUUACCUUUACCUUUACAGAGCACGUAUAGGAUUGCAGCAUUAGGAGUAAAGCAGGUUUGAGCCUCGCUGAGUAACCUGUAGGAACCGUGCCUCUUUACCGUACAAGUACAGGCUCCCCAUAGUCUAGCUUUCUUCAAUAUUAAAUAACAAUAAUCCCUUCCUGUAGAAAACUACCAUGUCCAGGCUCCCAAUACGUUUCCGAGCACAAUUCAAAGUGUUGGUGCUGACCUUUAAAGCCCUAAAUGGCCAGUAUACCUGAAGGAGCUUCUCUACCCCCAUCGUUCUGCCCGGACACUGAGGUCCAGCGCUGAGGGCCUUCUGGCGGUUCCCUCAUUGUGAGAAGCCAAGUUACAGGGAACCAGGCAGAGGGCCUUCUUGGUAGUGGCACCCACCCUGUGGAACACCCUCCCACCAGAUGUCAAAGAGAAGAACAACUACCAGACUUUUAGAAGACAUCUGAAGGCAGCCCUGUUUAGGGAAGCUUUUAAUAUUUAAUAGACUAUCGUAUUUUAAUAUUCCAUUGAAAGCCGCCCAGAGUGGCUGGGGAAACCCAGUCAGAUGGGCGGGGUAUAAAUAAUAAAUUAUUAUUAUUAUUAUUAUUAUUAUUAACAAAUCUGGAACCAUUCUUACUGAUUUCUAGGCUUCAUUAUUCGUUUUAGUUAUUCACAGAGUGUCUCCCAUCAGCUUCGGCUGGUGACCCAGCUGCUCCCCUAUCUGAACAAGGAUAGCCUAACUUCUGUUGUCCGUGCUCUGAUAACUUCUAGGUCAGCGUUAUACCUGGGGCUGGCUCUGUGGGGCCACCUCUGGAGACAGUUCAGAAACUUCAGAAAUCCAGUGCAGAAUUCAACAGCGACAUUGGCUUAAGGGGCAAGACGGUUGGACAUAUUACACUGAUCCUGGCCCAAGUGAACUAGCUGUCAGUUGGUUUCCAGGUCCAAUUCAAAGUGCUGGUUUUGACCUAUGAAGCCUUAAAUAGCUCAGGACCACAAUACCUUCAGGACUGCCUCUCCUCGUAUAAACAGUCUGGGACCCUGCAAUCAUCCUCUGAGGCCCUUCUUUGUGGGCUUCCUCCACAAGAGGUCCAGAGGGUGGCAACAUGAGAAUUUUCUGCAGUGGCUUCCAAUUUGUGGGAUGCUCUUUCCAGGGAGGCUCACCUGGAGCCUUCAUUGCAUACCUUUAGGCACCAGGUGAAAACAUACCUCUUCUACCAGGCCUAUGGCUAAACAGUCUAUGGACUAGGGGUGGUGGUAUUGUUUUUGUUUGCUACCAGGCUAUGUAUUUCUGUGUUUUUAUAUUGCAAACUGUCCUGUGAUCCUCAUAUGAAGUUUAAAGAAUAAAUAAUAAUAGUCUGGUGAAACUAUGUCUGGGCAGUGGAUCUUCAGACUGACAGGGUUGGGGACUCCUAUCGUUGAAGGGUUUACUUCAUGCAACUACCAAAUCCCUUCAGAUGGAAAGAUAUAACAUCAGGGGAAAGUCUUAGCUUCCCACUCUUAGCGCAGCAAAUGUGUGCAUGUUUGGAGGACAUGUCUAACUCUGGUUACAAUCCUGCACCCAUUUGCCAUUGACUGUGGCUCUUAGAGCUGAAGUCCCCAGAGGCAGUUUGAUUGAUUUAAAUUAUUUAAAUCAAUUUUUUUCUUUAAAGUCUCUGCCUGGUAACCGGGCAGAUUUAAACACUUUAGAAUAAUUUUCCAUACAAGUACACCUGCAGUUUGCUACAAGUACGGUAGUUUAAAACUGUUUUUCUCCCAUGUGUACAUUUUUGUUGAUUUGAUCUAUUCAGUUAAAUCCCAUGGUUGAGUCUUUCUGUGCCUGCCUGCCUGACAACCUGUUUCAAGUGGAUUCUGUGGCCUCCCAAGUGUUGGACUCCCAUUGGGAUGAUGAUGAUGAUAAUAAUAAAAAAAAAAAUUAUUUAUACCCUGCCCUCCCAGCCAGAGGCAGGCUCAGGGUGGCUAAUACCAAUAAAAUUUCAGUAAGGUAAAGUUAAAGUGAAAGGGACCCCUGACCAUUAGGUCCAGUUGUGGCUGACUCUGCAGCUGCGGCACUCAUCUCACUUUAUUGGCUGAGGGAGCCGGUGUGCAGCUUCCGGGUCAUGUGGCCAGCAUGACUAAGCCACUUCUGGUGAACCAGAGCAGCACACGGAAACACUGUUUACCUUCCCGCCAGAGCAGUACCUAUUUAUCUACUUGCACUCUGACGUGCUUUUGAACUGCUAGGUGGGCAGGAGCAGGGACCGAGCAACGGGAGCUCACCCCGUCACGGGAUUCGAACCGCCGACCUUCUAAACAAUUUAAUUUUUUUUUUUUAAUAAUUUUUAUUAAAGUUUUAAACAAAGAAAAAAGAAAAAGCAACACACACAAAAAAACAAUACAAGAUUUAACAAUAGAAACACACAACAUAACAAUUUAAAACAACCUCUCUUUUACAUUCCCAAUUUUGAAUUACUUAUUUUCUGGACUUCCUCAUACCUCCCUCUUUUGUAUUCCAAUCUACAUUAUUUGUCCAGCAGUUUCUUUUCCACUUUUUUAAACCCAAUCUUUAAUUUAAUGAAAUAUUAAACUAUAUAGCUUCAGCUUUUUUUAAACAUAAUCCUUGUUCUUAAUGUCAUAUACCUUUAAAUUUUUCCCUUUUAUUAUCAAAUUUCCAUUUCUUUAAACAUCUUUAAUCUUAAUCUUUAAUCUUAAUCUAUCCUUAGCUUUAACCCGUACAGCUGGAAACCACUUAUUUUCAAUCCAACAUCACUCUAACAUUCCUUAAUUUUGCAGUGUUUCUGAAGAUAGUCUUUGAAUUUCUUCCAAUCUUCCUCCAUCGACUCUUCUCCCUGGUCACGGAUUCUGCCAGUCAUUUCCGCCAAUUCCAUGUAGUCCAUAAGUUUCAUCUGCCAUUCCUCCAGCGUGGGAAGUUCUUGUGUCUUCCAAUACUUUGCGAUGAGUAUUCUUGCUGCUGUUGUUGCAUACAUAAAGAAAGUUCUAUCCUUUUUAACACCAUUUGGCCCACUAUGCCCAGGAGAAAGGCCUCUGGUUUCUUGGUGAAGGUAUACUUAAAUACCUUUUUAAUUCAUUAUAUAUCAUUUCCCAGAAAACCUUAAUCUUUGGGCACGUCCACCAAAGGUGAAAAAAUGUACCUUCAGUUUCUUUACAUUUCCAACAUUUGUUAUCGGGCAAGUGAUAGAUUUUCGCAAGCUUGACUGGGGUUAUGUACCACCUGUAUAUCAUUUUCAUAAUAUUCUCUCUUAAGGCAUUACAUGCCGUAAAUUUCAUACCAGUGGUCCAUAACUGUUCCCAGUCAGCAAACAUAAUGUUGUGUCCUACGUCCUGUGCCCAUUUAAUCAUAGCCGAUUUUACCGUUUCAUCUUGAGUAUUCCAUUUCAGCAGCAAGUUAUACAUUCUUGACAGAUUCUUGGUAUUGGGUUCUAACAAUUCUGUUUCUAAUUUUGAUUUUUCCACCUGGAAGCCAAUUUUCCUGUCUAAUUUAAAUGCCUCCAUUAUUUGAUAAUAAUGAAGCCAGUCUCGCACUUUGUUUUUUAAUUUUUCAAAACUCUGCAAUUUCAGUCUAUCUCCGUCUUGUUCCAAAAUUUCCCAAUAUUUCGGCCAUUUGACCCCUUCUAAACAAUUUAAAAUACAGGUUAAAAUGCAAUUUAAAAUGCAGCCUCAUUUUAAAAGUCAAAACCAUGAGGGUCAGACUGAGUCCAAACCAAAGGCCAGGUGGAACAGGCCAGGUCUUGCAGGCCAGGUCUUGCAGGCCCUGCGGAAAGAUGUCAAGUCCCGCAGAAAUGAUGUAGUCCAGCAGAAUUAAGAGGGAAAUGGCUUCCUGCCCCUGAAUUAGCGGCUGUCUGGUUGAUAUGGACCUUGAACCCAGGUCUUAUUCUGUUUGUGGGUGCCACUGGCUACUGACUUAAUUUUGCACUGUCAAUUCAUGCUAGAACAAAAGGUCUGAUUUUUGUACUCAGGUCAUCUUACUCCCUCUCACUCUGCUUUCCCCAACCAGAAUAUGCAGCUAUAAAUUCUAUGCUGGACCAGAUCAACUCUUGUUUGGAUCACCUGGAGGAGAAGAACGACCACCUGCACGCCCGCUUGAAGGAGCUGUUGGAAUGCAACCGUCAGACACGCCUGGAGUUGCAGCAGCUGAGCGAAGGCGAGGAUGGGGAAAACGACACGCAGAGACCUGAGCCAGACACCUAA